CCCCAGACACCACUGUUCUAGUAGGCCAAUGUAACUGGAAAAUAUAGCUCCACUCCCGGUGAAGCGCGGAACGGAAAACAGAACCGGUCCAGACGGAACGUUAACAUUUUAGUGCUGGUUUUGUGCAUAAAUGACAAAGUUUCCGAUCUUUGUCAAAUGUUAUACGUUACUAAGCGUGUGAGUUGAAAUAGCCGAAUAGUGGUUAUUAUUUUAGUUUACCAUGAUGUCAGACUGGGCCUCCAUGCGGGUGAGGGGUUUUUUAUUAUCCAAAAGCUAGUUGCUAACUAGUGAACAAUCGGCUAACAAAAGUUAUAUCAAGAUAUUGGCCUGUUGUUAUAAAAGAAGAUGUCAGGCUUUAAUUUCGGGUCUGGAUCCACGAACACUGGCGGAGGGUUUUCGUUUGGAGGCACUGCCAGUACCCCAGCUGCAGCAGUUAUGGGUGGCUUUACUCUGGGUGGUACAGCCUCCACCACCACCACCUCUUCUCUGGGCCUGGGGGGGUCCCUGUUCGCACAGAAACCUACUGGGGGGUUCUCCUUUAACACUCCUGCCUCAGGUGCCCCAGCAGCCUCUACCACGGGCUUUAGUAUGGCCUUCAAUAAACCGUCUGCCUCGGCCCAACCCUUCUCCCUCACUGCUGCCUCCUCGGCCCCCUCAGGGGCAGGACUGACGCUAGGCUCCGUCCUCACCUCCACCGCUCCACAACAAGGAGCCACAGGAUUUGCUCUCAACCUAGGGGGUGUGGCCCCAUCCACAGGUCUAUCGUUGGGUUCCAGUAUGUUCUCUAACAUGGCUCCUACUGGUUUGGCCCAGACCACUCUUGGUUCAGGGGGGUUGACGUUAGGUUCUCUAGUCUCUACUUCGACGGCGAUCUCAACAGCCCCCAGCCUUGGACUGGGCGGAGUUGACUUCAGCACUUCCUCAGAGAAAAAGAGCGACAAAUCCUUAGGGGCCAGCCCACAGGACAGUAAAGCGUUGAAAGAUGAAAACUUGCCUCCAGUCAUCUGUCAGGAUGUAGACCAUUUCCAGAAGUUUGUGAAGGAGCAGAAGCAGGUUCACGAGGAGAUCAGCAGGAUGUCAUCUAAAGCCAUGCUGAAGGUUCAGGACGACAUCAGGAGUCUCAAACAGCUGCUGUCUGUCAGCGCCUCGGGACUACAGAGAAACACCCUGGCUAUAGGUCACCUGAAGAUGGAGGCUGCGCUGGAGUUGAAGAAUGCAGACAUAGCUCUACGGACUCAGAAGACACCCCCUGGACUCCAACAUGAAAACACAGCUCCCUAUGAUUAUUUCCGGUGUUUAGUGGAUCAGUUUGAGGUCCAGCUGCAGCAGUACAGACAGCAGAUAGAGGAGCUGGAGAAUCACCUCUCUACACAGGGAAGUGGAUCACACAUCACACCACAGGAUCUGUCUCUGGCCAUGCAGAAGUUGUACCAGACGUUUGUUUGUCUGGCUGCUCAGCUCCAGUCAGUACACGAGAACGUCAAGAUCCUGAAGCAGCAGUACCUGGGAUACCGCCGGGCCUUCCUGGAGGACUCCACUGAUGUUUUCGAGUCCAAGCGGGCGGCCAGUAAGAAGUGGAAGAGCGCCCCACGCAUCACAAUCGGUCCCGCCCCGUUCGGCAGUGUCCCUAACGCAGCAGCGGUCGCCAUGGCAGCCACGCUGAGCCAGCAGCAGCCCGGCCCAGGGAGACAGGCGCCCCUGGGGUCUGGCUUGGGAAACCCCUUUGCCCCAGGAGUGGGCUCUAGCACGAGCUCAUCGGGCCUUGGAGUAUUUGUUGGGGGUCCAGGUUUCGGGGGGGUUGCGACGGGGGGCUCAUUUGGUUUCUCCUCCGCCAGCAAGGCCUCGGGAGGGAGCCUGAGCGCAGGUUUUGGUAGCAGCAGUAGUUCGGGGUUUAACUUCAGUAACCCCGGGCUCAACGCGUCUGCCGGCCUGACAUUUGGCGUGUCCACGGGCUUCGGAACGGGAGGUCCCCUGCUACAGCUCAAGAAGCCCCCGGUGGGAAACAAGAGGGGCAAGAGAUAGUCUCUCCACCGGUGCUCAAGGGGCAAAGGGAACAGUGGGGUAACAGGAUUUGGGGAGGGAAAGCUGAUCCUAGCUCUAUGACUUCCAGAACUGUCCGUGGGUUAAAUGGGUCGCAGUCCAUCUUAGAUGGAUUUGGGGAGGGUAGGUUUAUUCUAGAUCUGUGCCUAAGGGUGACUUCUAGAGCAGUCCAUGGGAGGUGGAGACGGGGGUAACAGUCUGUCCCAGAUCUCUAUUUUUAUAUCUGUCAGGGAGCAUGGGGGAAGGAGCAGGAGGGGUAG